AUGCAGAACGGGACUCACAAAGAGCAGAUUGUGCAGGUGUCGUUGGUACCCACAGGGCAACUCUUCUUGCCAGACAAAUGGAUUCUUGCUGGGGCAGACCUUGCAACAAAGACAUUGUAUCCGGACUACAGCUUCUAUAUCCACCAUCAAGCAAGCGGGCGAAGUCUCAUGUUUGAUCUAGGUAUUCGCAAGGACUUGGAAGCAUACCCUAGAUGCAUUCGAGAAGAAUUUGUUCUCACCGAGCCUCGAGUACCAAAAAGUGCCGCUGAAUUGCUCGAAGAGGCAGGCAUCCCGGCCACAUCGAUCAAUUAUGUGGUCUAUAGUCAUCUUCACUUUGACCAUGUUGGAAAUCCAGGAGAAUUUCCGCUCAGCCAGGUUGUGGUAGGGCCAGGUUCAAAGGCUGCUUCAUACCCAGGGUACCCAACAAAUCCGGAUUCGCCUUUCUUAGGUUCCAUCCUCGAACAUCCCAGUGUCCGCGAACUUUCAUACGAAGAAGAUCAAUGGAUACCAUUCGGUCCGUUCCCCAAGGCGUUCGACUUCUUCGGUGACGGGAGCUUUCUCCUCCUCGACGCGCCUGGACAUAUGCCGGGUCAUCUGAUGGGGCUCGCUCGUACAGGAUUGGACGAAUAUGUGGUCAUGGGUGGUGACUGUUGCCACCACAGGAAGAUUUUUACUGGCGAGGGCAUGCUAGGCGAAGGACACGGACCCAAUGGGGCGUAUUCCAUGCACAAGGACCUUGAAACGGCCAAAGCUACGAUAGGCAAGCUGCACGAGAUCAGUCAGAGGGAGGACGUGCUGGUGUGCCUGGCCCACGAUGGCUAUCUCGAGCCAGCGCUCAAGGUCUUGCCAGCGACGCUCAACGGAUGGCGCAAGGCGGGAGUCAAGGCCAACAUCACGAAGAACGUCCCACAGGUAGCGGUCGAGGUGAAAGCAUUCGUCACUGCACUCGCUCAUCGCACCGAAGCUGAACUCAUCUGGACGCCUGUCCUCCUGGGCGCCAUCUAUCGCGAGACGGCCGCCCCGCAAGGCGCCGGCGGGUCGGCAUCCGACGUCUUCAACCCGACCAAGAAACGCCUCUUGUCGCGGGCCAUGCAACGGUCAUUGCGGCGCAACCAUGUCGAGCUGAACUGGCCGUCGGCGCACCCGCAGACCCCGGUCCUGGCGCUCCGGCUGCUCUACCACGUCCCCGUGGAGGAGCGUCCGGCCCUCACGCACGCGCUCUUCAGGGCCUACUGGGUCGAGGACCUCAACAUCACCGACAAGUCGGUCUUGCUGGACAUAGCCAAGCGAAGCGGUAUCCGCAGCGCGUCGUCGCUCACCGAAGCCGCGUUCGACGACAAGAACGCCCAGGAGGCCCUGCGCGCCUCGACUGCCGAGGUCAUUGCACGCGGGACCUGUGGCGUGCCCGCGUUCUGGGUUGACGGGGAGCGGUGGGUGGACGACCAGGGUAAGGCGCACCAAGGUCGCCUAUACUGGGGUCAGGACCGCAUGCACUUUGUCGAGGCGUCGCUCAUCGCCGUGAAACGCGGCUGCGACUACGCCCAGGUCCCCAACCUCGCAAGUCUGCAGCUCCGGUGUGCGCCGGGAUUCCCCGUCGGGCAGAAACGCGUCGAGUUCUGGCACGACUUUAGCAGUCCCUGGGCGUUUUUGGGCUGGACCCAACUGGACCGGCUGAAGAGACAGUUUGGCCCGGAUGUCGAGAUUGUCAUGAAGCCCAUUUUGGUGGGCGCCCUGUUCAGAGAAGUCGGCGCACCCAACCUCCCCAUGGCCGCCAUGUCGCAGGCCAAAAGAGAUAUCAUGCACAAAGACAUGGGUGACUGGAUCCGCCACUGGAACAGCAUCAACCAGCAACGCGGAUCUCACGAUAAGCCGGUGGAAAUGCACUGGCCAACACAAUUCCCCAUUCGGACGCCCACGGCCUUGCGCUGCGCCAUUGUAGAUCCCAAUCUCACUCCGCUGCUGUUCCGAGCAUGCUGGGAACGCAACGUCAACGUUUCCGACGACAAGGCCCUGGCCGAGUACCUCGCCACCGCGGGAUGCAAUACCGACACGCUAUUCAAGAAGGCUUCUACGCCGCAAGUCAAGGAGCAAUUGCGGACCAACACCCAAGAUGCCAUCGAUGCGGGGAUCUGCGGUGUCCCGUCGUAUCGCGUCUUUGACAAGACGGACCAAGGGUGGGUGAAUUGCGCGCCCGAAAGCGGCGUCAUUUGGGGUCAAGAUGAGCUUGUCGUCGUAGAAGACCUGGUGGCCGGGUGGAAGGAGAGGGAGAGUUCAGUCGGUGGGUACGAUAGGCCAGCCUCGCGACUGUAG